UUCUGCCACAGAAUGGCAGAUGCAUCUCAACAAAGACCGGUGUCGUAGUCUCAUUCUUUCCAGUUGUAAACGGACGCUGGUCGAUGCAGUUGCAUUAUGCUGACACAUUGAUACAAUUAUUUAAGACGCUUUGUGAGAUAAAUAAGAAAUAGAUUCUACACGUUAUUUUCUCGUAACAAACUAUGGCUAGAAAUUUUGUAUUCGUCGUCGUUCUCACGGUUAUUGUCACACACAUCGGUAAAAGUGUCUCGGUUCCACAUGAAAGUAGAGUAAGAGAAUCGUUGGAUAAUUGGAAAGAUAAAUUAAGUCAAGUUUUGGACACGGAGAGUCAAGAACUUCAAAUUCUACAUAAUUUGAUUGAACAAGGUGAAAGUGGACGUGACAAGAAGGAUGGUGAAAUUGAUUCCAGUCAUAAAGUUGUCACAAAGUCUUCAUCAAAUCCAGAGACAAAAAAUACAACUCCUAAUUCUGUAGCAUAUUUGCGUGAAGAAGGAAUAAUCUCAAAGUUGGAGGAGAAUUCUCAGAGGAUGGAUAGCAUGGUCGUGUUUUUGAGUGAUCUGAAAAGUGUUUUAUCCCAGGCAAUAUCCGCCCAAGACAUGCAGAUGCGGUUUGAAACCGAGGUUGUGGAACUGAGACAAGAAAUUGACUUUCUUCGGAAAGAAGUUCAACACUUGAAGCACGCACAAGUGUUGGAAGCGACGAACAAAGACCAACACUUUCUAGAGCAUAAGGUUACAAAUGAUGAGACAACAAUUCAAUGGCUCAAAGAUUCCAAUAAGGAAUUACAGAGUCAAAUGAAUGAAAUGUCCAAAACUUGCAAUGCCACAUCUCUGCUGCAUAUUCGACAAGCUCUUGAUCAACAAAGCCAACGCCAGGAAAAUGACGUCCUCGUGAUUCAGAGACAAAUUGAGGGCAUUAAGUUGCAACAAGUAAAGCUGGGAGAAAACGUUGUAGAAGCGAACGAGAAUAUUGGUGACUUGCGGUCAUGGCAGACCAACAUGGGACAAAAAUUGGUCAAUGGACAACUCCAACCUCCGGGAGACAACCUGGCAAACAUAGUGGAUGCUGAGGAACACUUUCUUACGGAAGCCUUAAAAGAUGCAGCCAACUUUUCCCCAAAACAGGGACGGCAUAGUAAAAGAUUGAAAGCACAACUUCGAGAGAUCCACAAGACCACCAAGCUCUUGGCAAAGGACCACUAUCAUAUGAACAAGAGGUUGGAACUCUUGGAAAACGUGCAGCAAAAGGCACCAAGAACGAAAAGUGAAACUACAGAGUCAGAAACUGAGAAUAUGGAGAAGCGACUCCUUGGUCUGGAGGACACAAUGAGACAUUACACCCUCAGCCUGCAAAAUGUGGGAGACAAAGUCAAUGUGGUUAAUGGAUUGCAAGAAUCAACUAACCAACUCUUUUCAGCGAUGGAAGACUUGGAAAUUAGAUAUGACGACAAGUUUUUGGAUAUGCAUACGACUCUGGUUAAAGUGGAAACUUCAGUUAACGGGAUUUCCAACUCCAAUGAAGAUCUCAAGGAACAACAGACCUACCAGGUGGGAAUUAUUCAAAAUGUGAAAAAGGAGCUGAUGCAGACAAAGGACCACUUGCAAAAGAACAACUUCCGCCUUGCCCGUCUUCAAGCUCAACUCCUCAAGUGGUCUUCACAAAAGUGCUCAAUGGAGGAUUCCGAAUCGGUUCAAAAUAUUAGAAUUUCCUCGUUGGAAUCUUUCCUCCUGAAUACGCCAAAAGUUCCCCAUAACACUUAGAUCAUCAACUGCUCUCCUAUUGAAAUGUGUAUGUUACCCAUUUGUAUUAUUAUAAUGUGAGGUCUGGUCAAAGUAACUUCUACUAAAUAUACGUUAAUAUUAUAUAAUUGUAAGUGGUGGUUUUGCAUCUUCUAUACUGUGUUACGUCAAACUAAAUAUUUCAAUUGGAUAUAUUACAUUUUGUCUUCCGUAUUUCGCUAAAAAUGGGAAAAUUCCUAAAAGCCGGAAUGUGCCUCAAAUUCUCAGCACGAGAUAUUAAAUGUAAACCGUUCGAUAUAUCUAGUCUCAUUUGUGUCCUAUAUGUACAUACAUAUGAUUAUUAUGCCCUGAUGUUUAAUAAUAUUUAUUAUUGUACAUAAGAAGUUUUAAAUAAUACUUACUUUAUACUGACGUGUAUAUUUUGAAAUGGAAAUAGUGCUUGACAAGCAAUGACGCUGUAUAUGUUGCCUCCAGGAUACUGGUAUUCGUUUGUAUUCAUGAAGAAUAAAUCUUGAUUUUUUAUAAA